AUGGUUGGCAAGCCGUUCGUGUGGCUCCUGGGCGCCGCCACCAACCUGCUGGCGGCCUGGAUCUCGCGUGCGCCGCCGUGCCCCGCGGUCCCUUCGUGCCCAGCCUCGCCGACGUGCCCGUCGGUGUCUUGCCCGAACCUCUCGUGUGGGGAGGUCCACUGCCGUGCUGCGGAGGAGCAGCUGAUCUGCCCGGCGGCGCCCCCUGCGCCGCCCCCGCCGCCGGCGGCGCCCGCGGCGCCACCGGCACCCGAGCCGGCGGCAGCGCCGGCGGAGCUGCCUUCGAGUUCUUUCUGGAGCUGGGCGGCGCUGCUGUUGGGCCACGUGGUCCUGGCCACGAUACAGCUCUGGCGCGGCAUCGUCAUGCCGCCACCGCCCGGCGUCCUGCGCUGGGCUUGGGUGCUGUAUCGAGGAGAGCGGCUCUGGCACCAGCGGAGGGUCUGGGGCAGAUUGGCGGAUCCAGCAGCGGGGAGCAGUGACCCGCUGGACCUCCUGAUCUCUAGUGCUGACCAUGACGUGUACGAGGAGCGGUACAGUCGGGGCAAUCCUGAUAUCGUCACUGUGGUCUUCAGCCCGACUCGCCAGGCGCUCCAGGGUGUGGACCCGAACCUACUCUACCGCUUCAGGCGGGAGCUGAACGGGCGCGAGACGGUCGCCAUUCAGGACGCUCUCAUUCAGGUGGCGGACGAGCUGUACUUGGAUCGAGAGCGCGCCGCUGGCCGACCGCGCGUGCUCCCAGCGGGCGGCUCUUACGUGGAGUUCGACUUCGCUGCUGCUGCCCCUGGACCAGGCGUCCCUGGCGCAGGCCCUGCCGCCCUCGUGCCCGCGGGUGGAGGCGCCGCUGGCGCGGCGUCUGCUGCGCCCCUGGCGAUCGUGGCCGCCGCCGGCGCCGCCGCUGUCCCUGCAGCGGGCCUCGCGGCUGGCGCAGCCGUGCCUGUUGCCGGCGCCCCAGCGGGCGCCGCUGGCGGUCCGCCGCCGGCUGAGGCAGGCGCGGCUGGGCCGCCUGGGGGGCCGACCCCGGCCUGGGUGCUCAUCGAGGGCACUGGUGGAGGCAAUCGGGGCGACGUGGUGCAGCUCAACGGGACCGAGCGGAUUGAAGGGGACAUCGGACUCAUCCAGCUGAGCGCGGGGUGGGUCGCCAUCCGUCGGAUCUCGAUGGACCCUUCGGUGUAUCGGUGCGCCGAGAGCGGGGCGGACAUCAGGCUGCUGGGCGUGCCGCCUCGGCCUGACGGCUCCAGGCAGCGUCUGGCGUGGCGCGACGCGGUGCCGAUGAUGCAGAUCUACCUGUACAUGAGGCUUCCAACUCCAGCGCCGAUCUUCGCCAGCGUGAUCUCUUUCCUUUGCCCCGCUUUGGCGCUGGGGUCAGUGCGCAGGCGCCUUGAGAAGCGGUCCCACGUUCGCGGCAUGGUCGACGAGAUGACCGACGCGCUGAACGAGCUUUGGGGCUGCCCGCCGGCGGCGUGCCGUCAAGCGCCCGCCGGCACGUCGGCGCCUGCAGCUGGCCACGCCCUCGUCCUCUCGGAGCUCCGCCAGGCCGCGUUGAGGUUUGGCCCGUGCCCGGAAGGCUUGGACGGUCCAGGGGCCCUUGAGGAGCUCCGGAUAUCUCAAUCAUACGAGGGUGACGCCACGUUGGUUGCCCCGGUGAGCUUCGACCUCGUCGACUCCAUCUCAUUGCCUCCUGCUGGUAGCCCACCCGCCGCCCUGGAGACGAUCGACGAGAUGGCAGGCCAGAAUAUCGCUCAUCGGUUGAAAGAGUUACUCCUGCCCCGACAGCUGGGGUUGGAGCGCAUCAGAGAGGCAGGUCCGAGACGACUCUACACGGAUCCAGCUCUCCGCAACCCGCGCCUCUACUCGAUGGUGGUGCGGCGGCUUUUGGACGCCGGGCUGGUUGACUUCUACAGCUCGGCGCGAGGCUGGUGCAGUGGCCACACCAUGAUGAAGGUGAUAUCUCACUUCACGUCGAGGGCGCUAAUUCGCCGCGAGCUGCUGAGCUGCCUGGGGGCCGCAUACGGCUUCAUGGGGGACGGCGGCCGCGAGAGGCGGCGGCUGACUCCGGCAGUGAGGCGAGAGCUGACCUGGUGCCGCGCGCUGCUGCCCCUGUGCUUCCGAGACGCCGGGCGGCCGCUUUCGCCAGUCGUAUCUUGCGUGGACGCAUCGUGGUGGGGUGCAGGAGUGACUGAGAAGACCAUCACCCCAGAUCAAGCCCGUCGACUGUCUAUCUUCAACGAGCGAUGGAGGUUCAGUCGUGAUGGAGAGCAGCAGGUCGCCCCGCGGGACAAGGCCUUGGCCCGGGAGAGCAAGCAAGCUGAGCAUAUCACCGCAUCAUGCAUCAAGCACGCCUCGUCGCAGCACGAUCGAGAUCCAGCAGUCAUAGCAGCAGCCAUGGAGCAGCGUUUCCCCUUCCGAGUCGAGCCGAAGCUUAAUCGUGAGGAGGAGGUCAUGUUCGAGGAGGUGCCGGAGCGGCAGCUCUCCGACGCGAUGGCGGCGCCGCUGUCGAUGUCGGCCCUCGGCUGCAUGGCGAUGCCGUCUGCGCCGGCUCUGCGGUCUCGCAAGCGGCCAGCGGCUGCUGUGGCGGCGGCCGCUGCCAGCCAGUCGCGGCGCAGGCCGCGCGUGGCGUCAGAGACAGUGGCGCGCCCAGCCGAGAGCGACCGCCGGGCUGUUCGCCGGCAGGAGAGGGCGAGCCGCUUCCCUGCACUCCCGCCCUCGGCCCCCCGCCGGGGCUUGACCUUCCUGGAGGAGCAGUCAGUGGGGGAUGCGACCAGGGCGGACUACGAGCGCCGGCACGCUGCCUUCAGCCUGUGGGCCUGCCAGCGGGGCCACUCCUUGGGGACGCCGACGGAGGUGGACAAGACACUGGUGCUGUUUUUUCACGAGGAGUUCUUGGACGGGGGCGAGAGCAGCGACGCCUGGAAGCUGAUGGCGGCCCUCGCUUUCGUGCGCCCGGACCUCGGACCGCGCCAGGGCCGCCUGCCGCGGGCGGCGCGGGCUGCCAAGGGCUGGUCGCGCCUGGCACCGCCGCGGUCGCGCCUGCCGCUCCCUUGGCCCGUGGUGUGCCUCAUCGUGGAGGUCCUGUGCCGCAGGGGCCUGGCCAUGUAUGCGUGGUUGACCGCGCUCGCGUUCGGCCUGUACUUGAGGCCGCGAGAGGCGCUGGAGCUCGUGCAGGCCCAGCUCAUCCCACCAGGGUUCACCUCAGCCACAACGAUGCACCAUUGGUGCGUGGUCCUCCAUCUGUUCGAGAGGCAGACCCCGUCCAAGACAGGUGUGUUCGACGAGAGCUUGCUGGUGGACUCGACCUGUUUUCCAUGGAUGCCGCACCUCGUCCAGGAGCUGCACCGCCGCGCGCCCGCAGGCCACCGCCUGUUCCCAGUCACCUACGCACAGUGGAACUACCGCUUCAAGGCCGCCGUCUCCGACCUCGGCCUGCAGCGGGUCGGUCGGAUUGACUGCUGGCUGACCCAGGUCCCGGUAGGUGCAGGCGAGAGCAUCGCAUUGCCUAGUCACGGGGACGCCAAUUGUGCAUCUGCCCCGAUCUCGACAAGGCGAAUCCUGGCCAGGAGGGUGUAG